AUGCAAUAAUAAUAAACAAACUAAUAAGAGCUAAGAUAGAUUUUUUAAUUGUUUUCUUAGGAUGGAGCAGAAGAUAUUAACAUAGCCCAAAUCAAUUAAAUGAUAAAAGAAUUAGAAACAAUAAAUAUGGAUUCCCAAUCUAUUAAUGUGCCUUUCUAACCAGGUCGAAGAUUAGCCAAAAAAGGGAAUUCAAAUGAAAAUUUAGAAGAUGCUUAAAAAGACAGUUCCCCCAAAUCGCCAACUUAUGUAUCUGUAACUGAACUCAAGUAUAGAAUUAUUCAAAUAUAGAUAUUUCCCUAAUAAUAAGACCACUAUGUAAUUUUCAGAUUUCUCAGAACUUUUUAAUGAAUGCAUGUCUAAUAAAGACUAACAUGAUGAAUUAUUAGAAAGUGCUUUUGCUAUUUUUGAUUUUGAUAAAUCUGGCCACAUUGAUUCAAAGAAAAUAAGAAAAGUCUUUUCAAAAUUCAAGGACAACACAAGUGAGGAAGAAAUUCAAAGUAAUUUUAAGAUUAUAGUUAGAUGUUCUAAAGUUUUGUGGGGUCUUACACGAUUAAAUGUCAUUAUAAGAGUUUAAGGAAUUUUUUAAAAAGAAUUUAUGA